ACGUCACGUGUAGCAGCACAAAACAGAAGAGAGUGCGGGAAGUGUACAGCGGCGCUCUUACGGGUCGAGAGACGAGGGGAGACCACCGGUGUGUGUGCCGAGUGAGGACAUCGUGCGACUACAAGCGGAGAAGGCCCCCUGUCAACCCCAGCGCAGCCACCGUACACCAUACGCCAUCAUGGCCUCAGGGGGUGCCGAGGUGCCCGAAGAGGGUGCCGAAUACAGCGGCACGGGCGUGUGCAAAUGGUUCGAUGUGUCCAAGGGCUUCGGCUUCAUCACUCCCGACGGAGGCGGCGACGAUAUCUUCGUGUACCAAAAAGUAAUCAGGAAAGGAGGUUUCCGCAGCCUUGGAGAGGGGGAACGUGUGGAAUUUACCUACAAGGUCUCAGAAAAGGGACUGGAGGCCACAUUGGUAACGGGACCAGGGGGCUCGGAGGUCGAGGGGAGCAAACGGAGACCAAGACCUGUUGCACAAAGAAGAAGAGGGAACAGGUGUUACAACUGUGGUGAAAUAGGGCACCAUGCAAAAGACUGCACACUGGAACCACAGCCCAAGAGAUGUCACAUUUGCAAGUCGGACGACCAUCUGAAAAAGGACUGCCCCCAGAGGGACAGAGAGGAGGAGAGAACUAGGAAGACUCAGGGUGAAAGAGAUAAUAGUAACAACAGUAACAGUAACAGUCAGGGUCACAUGCAGGAAGGUCCAGCUGCUGCAGCACACUGAUAGCACUGUGCCGAACAAUAUGACUCAUACCAUAGGCUUUCCUCAAAACCAAAGGUCACCAAAUCUACAGCAGGGAAACUCUCAGGAGAUAUCUCAACCAAGAGAAAAAUGUUCAAUCUUAUUUUGUUCAUGGAAAGAUUCUUCUAUUUAUAUGAGACACACUGGUGCCCGGUAGAGUCACCUGAGUUAUAAGUAGACCCCUCUAUGGAGAGAUGAUACUUAUUGAGAAGAAGAGAAAAAAACAACAAGUCUACCUAGAAACAAAUCUAGUCGGCAGCGUAAAAAGUGCACUAUAUUUUUCUACCACUUGUAAUUUAUUAUCAUUAAUAUUUAUGAUAAUAAUUGCCUCAGGGUAAGAAAGUGUUUACUCAGGGAUUUUGUAUUACAUGUAGCUAUACAACAGCUUAAACUGCAGGUCCUUCUGUCAGUCUUCCCUUGCUGCCAUGUUUGUGCAUUGGUGUUUGGCGACUCAUUUUGAACCCCACUUUAUACAUGCUUCCUCCCCCCUCUAAAAAUGGUCGUUUUGGAUCAGUAGGAAAUUGUCCCAGACCAGCUGGACUGAAUAUACCUCCAACAGAAUGUCUUGAACUAGACAUACCAGGCCAGCUUGGGUCACUGAACAAGCAUGUUGCCUUCCAAACAGUGGAAAAAAUUCACUCCAGUAAAAAGCCAGAAAAGAAGAAAACAGGUCUUUUCUUUUGUUUGGACCGCAUCCGUUAUGCCCAAAAAGUACCAAACUGUGUACAUCUGAUACACUCAAGUCAAGAUGGGCAUUUUGUAACUGACAGGAAGAUCUGUACUUUUUCCUGUCCCAGCAGCUGACUUGUAAUGUUUUAGAAGUACUGUAGGUGUAAGUAGUACUAUUAGGAAUGAUCAUGACGAACGUUAGAACACAGAAGUGCUAGUAAGCCAUUAACAGUGCAGAGUUAAGGCCAUUACUUUCCAAGCUGCUGUUUUUUGCCCAUGCAAAUGUGAUGGAAAGAAGAAAUCCAUAUUGUUGUUUGUAUGGUAACGCUGGGCUUGUCACCAGUUUUACAGCAGUGUAUGGAAGCCAUUUAGGUUCCUGUUUAGAUUGGAAAGAAUGUUCAUGAUAAUGCAGUAGAAUAUGCAAGAUGAUGCAGUUAACCUGAUGAAUUGGCGUUUACCAUGCUUAGCGUUAUUUAAGUGGGGUAACUGCGCAACAUGUAUUACUGUUACCUACCAGUUGUUCUACAGUACAGUAGUACUAGUAGGAAACAGGCUGCACUCUCCGCCAUGCAGUAGAAUGGUCAGCUCGCCACCAUAUUUCUGGUCCUGAUGCCAAUGAAGAAUUCUAGGCGUAGUAAACAGACAGGUAUCAUGUCUUGUUAAGCAGACUUGCGUCAAAAGUGUUGGUAGCGGCAAGCCCUGGUGACCAGCUUCACUGCUGAAAAACUCUUUUCUCUUUGGUUAGGACUGUGGAAAAGAAAAAUAUGAGAUGUAGAUAGCACAGUCAUCAGUUUUAAAAACCUGUUUUUAAACUAGCAUGUGGACCUAUGCCUUGCUUUGCUAUGUUCCAAAACAUUGUCAUUUUUUUCACUUAAAUCCAAAGCAGAGUUUAACAAAUGUUCAACAUGAAAAUCAGUUCUUUGCCUCCUCAAAGUGAACUUCAAGAUGCGGUAAUGGGUAAGAUCAUGUUUGAGGGGGUUUUUUUGCCACCAAGCUAAGUUUUCCAAGAUGGAGAACAUGGCUGCCUCAGGAAAACUGAGCAUGAAUAUGCCUCUAGGGUUCUCAUGUGAACUAGUUCUCUUGUCAAGUGUAUACUGAGCAGUGUUUGUCACAUUUCCUAUCAACCAAAAAGUUCCAGAACUGCUGUUCUGAAAUGCCUUACCAAAUCCUGGGCAUAAUAGUCAAUUGCCCAAAAAACUAAACCAAAGAAGCUCCAAGAAACCAAAUUGUGGGUGUAAGUAUUUUUCUCUUUCAACACUAAAUCUCUUUAAAACGAAAGCUUUAUAAGAAAUUCUGUAUAUAGAUAGCCAUGCUUACAGAGAUUACACUUUAGGGAUGUUCUCCCUAGUAGAGUACAGACCAAUGUCAUCAGUGUAGGUAGAGAGUAGACCUUGUAAAUUUCUUCACGAGCCAUGUUGAUUCUAAAUUGCACAUCAUAGCACCUAGUUUUACUCAUAGUAAGUGUAUAUGUGCACAAACUUUAUUAAGAUAAUUGUUAAGUACCUAGUUUGGGGGAUAGUAGGGCUUUUUAUGAAUGGAUCAAAGACAAUCCAUGCUGCUCCUUUGAUGUACUUUUGUAUAAAAUUUAAGAUGUUUUAGAUUUUAUCCUGAAAGAUUUGUAUGAUGUGAGAAAGGAGUUCGGAAUUACGGAGAGGUGGAGAAAGCCUCAGACACAAAAUUUUGUGGAAUGUUUGCAGCAUUCUGAAAUACACAAAAAAAGGGUGAAAAAUACAAAACAAGGAGAAAAUAAAUUGACAUUGGCGUUCAUUGUAAUUUUCUUUGCUCACUUGACUGAGCUUACUUGACUGUUAAAACUUGCAGUUGCCCGCAUUUCCUUGAAGAAUACAAAGAAUGAAAUAUUCCCCCAAAAGGGCUGAUGUUGAGCCAUAUGAUAUUGUAAAACGAAGAGGAAAGCAGCUAGGAGUGUCUUAAAGGUCUUACUUGAAUAAUCAACUUCAUGAUAACCACCAAUUUCUGGUACUGUUUACUACUGUUUCUUAGGAUUUGUAAUCAAUGUAGGCACAAUAACCAUUUGGAUGUAUGUUUCUAAGGUUAAUCAUUCCUUCCUUUGUCAGGGAGUAUGGGUUGUAGCCAAACCCUGUAUGCAUCUUACUGAUAACCGACUGUAACCUUUGUACUGUUUUUUAGUCCACUCUUCCCACUCUCCAAGGUUGUAAAGAACAAUCUGUUCAAAGCCACAGUUUUGCAGAUGAAGACCCAUACAACAGUGUUGUCAAAGAAUAAAGUGAUUUAUUUACAGAACAUA